AUGUCGGUUCUCCUGGUCGGCGACGGGAACUUCUCCUUCUCUCGCUCUCUGUGCUCCAGCCCACCAUGUCCACGGAUUACGUCGUUGAUCGCAACUUCCUAUGAUAACAAAACUUCUUUGAUCAAGAAGUAUGGCGAGGGCGCGCAGAGGAACAUUGAUGAGAUUGUGUCAAGUGGAUGGAUAGUCAAGCACGAUGUGGACGCGAGAAGGCUUGAGAAGUACUUUUCGAAAGACACGAGGUUUGACUACAUCUACUUCAUGCACCCACUUGUCGAUCCAGAUGACCGAGUUCGGAUGGUCUUCGAUGGGAAGAUUAACAACGGCGAAGACAUCAUCAUUGCCAACAGAUUGCUCAUUGCCGACUUUCUUCGAUCUGCGAAGGAUUUCCUGACCCUGCCUCAUGGUGAGAUCAGAGUAGCUUGCAAAGACACCUACCCCUACACGUGGUGGCGAGUCUCUCAGCUUGGAAAGCUUGCGAGGCCCCUGAAGCUGAAGAAAGUCGAGCUGUUUCGCAAUGAUGACUUUCCUGGAUAUGAGCCGAGGACGGUGGAGAUGGACAAGAGUUUCCCUUCUGCCAAGUCGAAGAUGUAUAGUUUUGGGGUGCUGAAUGACGAAGGGAAUGUUGAGUUUGAAGAGCAAUGGUACGGAGAGAAAGAGCUGAAACUUCAGAUUGUCUGCUCCAUCUGUGAGAAGCAAUUCACGAGUGAAGCGGAUAAGGCAAGACACCUCAAGACCGAGAAACAUAACAUACGGGCGAAGCUCGAGGAGAAAUGGGCCAAGACUGUGGAGGAGAUUUACCAGUGA